CUUAUUCGAGGCAGCGCCGUCGAAGUUCUCACUUCACGAAAGUACUCGAACGCGAAUCGACGUACAGUUCCAAGUACAAGUUCUAAUUCUUAACGGGCGGAUCAUGGAACAGGAUCUUGAAAGUAGCUCACUCGGUCAAAUGGAAGAUCAAAGUAUCACGCUGGCGAAGCAAGUCGAAGGGCUGAAGAUUGAGGCAGUAAGCCUCCAAAAUCAUUUGGAGAAGCCGAUCGAAAAUUAUCAAGAAAUUCUGGAGCGCAUUAGGAAAUGUAUUACCGUUACGAAAGAAACUCUUGAGGAUGAAAUCGAAAGAUGCAAACAGGAUAUAAGGGAGAAAACCUUAAAAUACAUUACGAAACUUCGUUCGCGAAUCGAAGAUUUGUGGCGAGACUGUUAUUAUGGGGAGGAGGAAUGUUUCAGGCCCUUCCAAGAACAAACCUUUACGGAGGAUUUGUUCAACCUCCACGAAAUGGAGAUGGAGAGGUUGUGCGAACACUACAAUUUUUGCAGACCAUUUGUUGCGCUUGUUAACAAACGACAGGACUUGGCCAAACAAAUGUAUAUGAUGGAACACCGUACGAAGGUUACAAAUCUUUAUCAGAAUCAAGGUGACCGGCGCCUUGCACAUAAUAGCCGGCAUAGUGACACUAGAAAGUUGAAAGCUGAAACCAAAAAAUCCAUACAGCAGAGAGGUGAGAAUAUUGAAAGGGUCGUACGAAAAUUGCGUUUUCGAAUCCAAGAAUUGUGGCAUCAAUGUUUUGUUGGGGACGAUAAACGUAAAGCGUUCCAGCUCUAUGAAGUUUAUCCUACGACGGAGCAUUUGCACUCCAGCUACGAAAAAGGGUUUAAAAAGCAGUGCAAGUAUUAUGGAUGCGACAGGCAACCAAGUGUGAUAUGGAUACAAAUUCCGGAUCUGGAAGAUAGCCAGGCCUCUACUGGAGAAGAAACGAUUCGCAAUCUUCAAAAGGAACUGCUGGAGCUAGAGACACAAUAUAAAGUUUUGGUCGAACAGUACGAAAAGAAACAUGGGGUACCAUAUAAGACAGGUGGAAGAAUGUUGGCCGACUCGGUGCAAUUAUCCGGGACGGAAUACAUGGCAGUUGAACGACCCGGGAUUACGCUAAAGUAGGCUAGAAAGAGAUCAUUUGAGUGCAUCGUCGGGCGUUGGAAUACGGCGUAUAUCUCCUGCGAAUUCUGAAGAGAGGGAAAAGACGGUCCAAAACCCCCGCAAUAAAUUGCCGUCGACACCUCGCUAGGCAUCAGGGAGUCCGAAAAUUACGUCAACCUCACUCAGUUGACUGUUAACAAGAAUCUGAGAAUAUUUUACUGAAGCAUUCUGCAGCAUCAAACGUCUACAUAUUAUAUAGGAUUAGUUAUUUCUCAUUAUAAGUAUCAUACAAAAAACAAAAUGGCGAUAAGAUGAUUUCGAUUCAUGGACGAUUCGUCAUUACAUCUCUGAAAACCAAGAGAUAAUUUUGCUACUGUGAGCACAGUUAAUCGAAGAUACAUAAGUGCAUUAAUUGAUGUAACAGAUAGAUUAAGCAAAAUCUAUUUCUAUUUAUAAUCUCUUUGUAAGAUGAAAUAUGCAUUCUGAACUUUUGUAAUCACGGUACUUUGUUGUUUCUCACUUAAAACUCUGUAAUCAAUACAUUAUUAUAAACAUAUUGCAAAACUCUCCGGGAUUAUUGUUUUCGUUCAGUGCGCUCGA